AUGGCCGGUAAUAGUGCUGACGAUGGUGAUGGUGGCAGUGGUGACGAACGCAAAACAAGUGAUCUGGAUUGUCUCUUUAUCCAGAAAAUGAUGGAAAUGUCGGCAUACACCGAAGGCAGGAGCAGCGAUGAAUGGCUAGUGGAAAUCGGGAACGAUCACACUGAAUUCGCCGAUCUGAAAUCGAUUACUGCCCAUCAGUUUGUAUGCUGCGGAUGA